CGGCCUCAGUCGCAAGUCGUCUGUCAUCGUCUGUGAACGCGCCGCCGGAUCUUCCUCUCUUCGAGGGGGUGGGAUUUUUCCCUUUUGUCUGGUAAAAUUGGUGAAAAUUCGAAAAAAAGUUUAAAAACCAUAAAAAGUUAAUUUCAAACAAGCAAAAUGUGAAAAAUUCUAAAAACUGACAUUUAACCUCAAAACAAAGCAGUCGUUGAGCAAGAACAACGGCCUACUAAGGGUGACAGAGUGAACAAGUUAAACGUGAUACAUUUCGCAUUUGGUAAAAUAAUAUCCUGUACAUGCAUGGUUGCCAUCAGUGUGUGUGUGUGUGAUUCCUGUUUAGUGUGUGUGUGCGUGUGUGUAGUUGGCAAAAGUCACCAAAGAGUGCGCUGUUAUAUUUUUUUCUGUGGUUUCGCUGCGUGCCAGUGAUUGUGGUGUCUGUGACCUGUGCGAACGUGUUUGUGUCAACAACAACAUCAGAACAACCUUUGUUGUGCUGUCGUCGUCGUGUGUUCUUUCAACUGGCAAAUUGUUGACGAUUACUCAGGUGGUUCUAAUUCAAACUGAAUAUUGGGUAACGCGAGCCACGAUCAUCGUCGCGUUUUAUUGGCUGUUGAUGAGGACAAUCGAUGCUUUUGAGUGGAAUAUCUGUUCUAAGUUGACUGCGAGGUCCCCGAUUACAUAUUCAAGACCCGUGGUCAUCAAGUAGUACGAAAAAGUACAAUUUUUUUUUAACGCUUUCGAAUUCUCCGAUGUGACGAGUAGUGUUGUUGAAGUGAAGUGCGUAAGACGAGUAGUAGUGAACCUGACGUAAGCUUACGAAGCCGAAGUGAUACACGUUAAAUUGUGCGUACUCAUUCUGAGAAAAAAUUGCCAAGAUGUCCACCAAACUGAACAUUGGCAACACGGACAUCACCACGAUCAAGGACGAGGAUGUGCUCCGGAGGCUGUGGCACGAGGCGCAGGACUUUGGCCGCAAGCGCGAGAUCCGCGCGCACAUGUACAAACUGCGCGAGGAGCGCCUCAAGGAACUGUACAACGCGGUGGAGGUGCCCGUCACGCCAACGAGGGCCGAACUCAUCAUGGAGCAGCAAAACACGACCUCCGGCAAGUUUGGGCUGACCGGCAAGGGCGGCACCGUAACGGGCGGCCACGGCGACUCGCUGCCCGACCAGAGCUUCGAGAGCUUCAAGACGAAGGAGAUCCGCGACUCGGAGAGCCCAACGCGGUUCGGGACGGUCAUCCCGUCGGACAACAGCGGCUGGCACAUCAAGACGUCGGAGGAGGUCAGCGCGGACGGUAAGACGCACACGCAGCGCAGUUCGGCCACGACCGAGGGUACCAAGGAGGUGGAUGGUGGGAGAACUUCGUUCGCAGGGAAGAAUGAGGAGGCACGCAGCGAACGGUUCGAGGGUGACGAGAAGAACUUUGUGCACAGCAAGGGCGAUCAGUCGGCAACGUUCCUGGCGGAGAAUACCGUGAUCGACGGGGACGAUGGGCGCAAGAUCGAGAAAAAGUCCACCUCGAUCUCGUCGUCCUCCUCGUCGAAGGUGAUCCGUUCCCAGCAAGUCAUCGGGGACGAUACCGACUUCGCGAGGCCAGAGCAGCUUGGGUCGACGAGCGCAACGACUAGCAGCGUUCAGGAGACUAAAAGCAGUCACACGACCAGAACUUCCAGCAGUACACAGCAGCAGGAGCAGUCGCUGGAAACGGACGGCAACAUUGCGAGCAAGCCGCUUUCCAAGGACCCGGAACGUGUCGCGAAGGCAUUCCGGUUGAUUGCCUUGCCUGGUACGAUCAUCACGGAGGAUAUCACCGUGAUCAACCCGUCCACCAAGAUGAUCACUACGGUCAAGCGUCUCGAGGACGGUACGGAAGUCACAACACGAACGUACGAGAAAAUUGGAGAACAACCCUCGAUGGCGCUGGAAAACCUGACGAAGGAGUUGCGCAGCAACACGGAGUUGAUGCGUGAAUACGAAGAAAUUCAGAAAGCUGAAACUCGAGCUUCCAAGAAGGACGUCGCCGAUAAGAUCACCAAUCUGCAGUUCAUCACGGAAGAACGCUCCGAUACGGCACGGUCCGAGCAGAUCAAGAAGCAACAGCAGCACGAAGUGAUCACCACUUCCACAACCAAGAUCACUUCCGACCUGGACGCAACUCACGAUUCGUUUGCCCGCUCGCUGCGCUGUGUGUCUCCAAGCGAAAGCGUCCGAUCGGUCCGCUCCAACUCGGGCAGAUCCAGCGUCAGCCCGGACAAGUCCAUCCGGGGAAGACGAUCACCUUCGCGGGAGUCCGACACCAGUCGAUUCAGCACUCACACCACGACCCGUACCAGCCGUACGGACGUCUCGACGACCCACAAGGAUUACAUGCGACCCACGAUCACGUCCGAGCGCAAGGUGUCCAACUUGACGGAAGCGUACGACACUGUGGACAAAACUAAACUGAAGGAACGAUCGGAGCGCUUGGAGCGAUCGGUCAGUCCGAAGAAAGUUCCACAAAACACCCCGGACGCUACUCCAUCUCGUGGUCCGUCUCCAGACAAGCUAUCCUCUCGACCGGUCUCCAAAACACCCAAGGAAUCGUCCCCGUUCUGCUCGGUCAACAGCUCCCGAGCUGCGUCCCCUAUCAAGCGGGAUUCUUCACCGUCCAAGAUCACCUCCGCCAAGCUGGUUCGUGAAAACUCGUCGGAAUCGUUCAACGUUGACACCACCAUAACCGUCUCGACCAAGGACAAAACCCAGCAGCAGACACGCGAAGACGUCGAGGUGUUCCACACCGAAAGCCAGCUCACCGAUCUGGACGACAUCACGAUCAACGUCAAGCUGGAGAACGUAACCGACGACAUCGAGGUAACGACCACCGUCGAGGAAGUCGACGUAGGCGACCAAAAGCCCUCAACCGCUAAGAAAUCCCCCAAGGAGAAGCCACCCCUAGUGCGCAGCGAAACGUUCGAAGAACGCUGCCGCAAGAUCCUCGGCAUGCCGGGCCAGGUAGAACCGGAAGCUGACAAGCCGGAGAAGCCGGAAACGACGACGAGCAUCUUCAGCACGUACGACAACACGCUGACGCGCAGCUCGGAGAUUCGCGAGAAGCGCAAGAAGAUCGAGCAGGAAAUCAAAACGAUCGAGUCCGAAACGCUGCGGGCUGCCCGCAAAACUAGCGAGACUUCCCCUACCAGACGGCAGAGCUCGCCAGCGAAGCAGUCGUCUCCGGUGCGCAAGCAUUCACAGUCUCCGGUUCGCAAGUAUUCGCAACCUUCGCCUGAACGUCGUCCCAAGGACGACUCACCGGUCAAGAAGCCGUCGGAAUCCAAGGAAGCCUCACCGGUUCGUAAGCAGUCCCAACCUUCUCCGGAUCGUCGUCCAAAGGAGCAGACACCGGUCAAGAAACCAACAGAGUCGAAGGAGUCUUCCCCGGUCCGUAAGCAAUCGCAAUCUUCUCCGGAUCGUCGUCCAGUUGAGAAGACGCAAGCCAAGAAGCCCGCGGAAUCACCCAUCCGCAAACCAUCACAACCCUCUCCCGAUCGUCGUCAAGCUAAGAAACCUGAGGAAUCUCCAGUCAGAAAGCGAUCGCAACCAUCGCCGGAUCGUGCGCCAGCGCAGAAGGAGCCCUCCCCACACAGAUGCUCCCGUUCGCACGAGCGUUCACCCAUUCCGGUCGAGAAGCCCAAGACUCCGUCUCCUACAAAAACCUCAACCGACAGAACCGACGCCACCACGAUCAUCCGAACCACCCGCACGUCAAAAGCCGACAUCCUCGUGAACCAGAAAACCGAAGGCAAGAACAUGUCCGUCACGGAGAUCACCAUCCAGCCGGUGAUCGAGGUCAAGAAAGCGGACAAAAUCCUCACCAAGCAGACGUCGGACAGCAAGUUUGAGCGCAAGACGACCAACAGCCGAGCGGUCACGAACAAGAGCUCGUCGGACUUUGACGUGAAGCGGAAGGCCGCUUACGAGAAGACCGAAACCAUGGUUGAUCGAAGCGCUCGCGGCAAGCCACGCACCCCGGCUACGAGCCCGGACAAGCGCCGAACUCAGGACACCAGCCCGACCAAAACAACCGAGAAGAGUAAGCAUCACAUCACGGUGGCGAAGAUCAAGAUCGAACCGGUCCGCAAGACCGUCCAGUCAAAGUUUGUGGUAGAGGACAAGUCCAAGACGGCGGCCAAGACGACGAAAACUACGAGGAAGUUCGCCAACGAAACCGAACCGGAGUCGGACAAGGACACCGGAAUCUCGGACAACGAGAUGGAUGAUGAGACGGUGACAACCGUCACGACUACUACGAUUACCACGACCAAGAAGCACGCCAACAAUCAAGUGACAGAUCGAAAGGAUUCCGCCCCGGUGUACAGAACCACCGGCAAGGUGGAGAAGAGCUACACUCGAUCGUCCAGCGAUAACGUGCUGAAGACGGCCAACACUAACAACGCAAAGAAAACAACGACCACGAAAACGACAGCCGCUACGGCAACCACGACCUCGGCCAAGAAGUCGGUCGAUAGACCGGUCAAGUGCGUCACCACCAAAACCAUCAACCUGUCCGCCAAACCCAUGAUCGACUCAGACAACCUGGACAACGUUGUGAUUGACAUUCAGCAGGCCAAGUCCUCGCGCGAACCGACGCCCAACAAGCUGAUCCCGAUCCCGGUUUCGCCAGACGAAGACACCGGCAAACCACGCUAUCCGGACACGGUGCAGGAACCGGACGACGAACCGAAGCACGUUCCCAAGGUCAGCAACAUCCCGAUCCUGGAGGAAACCAGCAACGAAUACAUCGGCUGUGAAAUCACCGAAGUGGAAGACCACGAAGUUCGAGCGGCCCGUGCCAGUCGCAUCACCAACCUGGACCGGGUCACCGAGGACGAUGAAUCGCUGCUCAGCGUCAACCAGAAGGUGUCCAAGUUCGUGGAGGAAGCGAACCGGCUGAAGGAUCUGCCCACGACCAAGACGCCGAAUCGCUUCGUACGCCACGAGUACGAAGAGCUGGACGAGCACCUGAAGUCGGACGAGUGUCUUCUGAGCGUGUCGGACAAGGUCACCAAGUUCAUCUCGACGGCCGAAGAGGUCAAGAAGAUCCGGACGUCGGGACCGUUCGUGCCGGAGUGCAAGGUAACGGUGGAGGUGGCCGAGUCGGACGAGUGCUUGCUCAGCGUGAACGACAAGGUGUCCAAAUUCGCUAGCAAGACAACCGAGGAAGACGAGGAAGAGCGCGGAAUCGAUGAAAAGAAGAAAAAGUUCAUCUCGAGCGCUGUCGCACCGCAAAAGUCGCCGGAACUGGUGAAGAACGUGAUGAAGCAGACUACGCGGUCGGAGCUGCAAACACAAGAGGAAGCUGAAGCUGAACAGAAGACGAGCAUUGUCGAUAGGUACACAACUGCUACCUUGACCAAGCCGCGGGACAAGGUCCCGCAAGGUGUGGGCUUGAGAAGCACGGAGGCUGUCAAGAAGGCGAAGCAGAUCUUCGAGACUGGCAACAAGCCAGCCGCAGCGGAGCUGGCCAGACAGAAGGAUAUCCUGAGCCGUCCGUCAAUUUGGGAGGAUCGCCGCAAGAAGGAGCAGACAACCGUUGAGAAGACUCAAUCGAAAACGGUUCAAGAAAGCAACCAGAAGGAUGUCAAGCUGAUGGACAUCGGUGUGUACAAGAAGGCACAGCCCAAGCAAGAGCCGGAGCCGAAGGUUGAGGAACCUAAACCGGACACUACGAAGCGUCGCGACAGCGGAACUCCGAAAACACCGGCUUACAUCCGGGAUACCGUGUCCACCAAGAAGGACAUGUUCGAGAAGAGAAUCUCCUCGUCGAAGAUCGACACGAGCGAGCUGGUAAAGUCCACAACUUCGCAAGAGGAAAGCACCGAGCUGACAACAUCAACAACCAAGCGACCCUCGAUCACGGAAAAGUACGAGCGCACCAUCUCGCGUGAAACGCCCACUCCGGGCGGCAAACCGUCCUACAUGAAUCACACCGUAAGCUCGCUGGAGCACAUGAACAUGUCGUCACGUCGCGAGUCGGUCGACAAUACCCUGCUGCAGCAGCAGGAAUUCGUGGAAACCACGGCCGUCAAGACGAGCAAGUUUGGCGUCGAGCUGAAGCGAACGGAUUCGGGCCGUAACGUGCUGACGGGAUCGCCGACGAAGCGCAAGAGCUCGGUCGAUAGUCCGGUAAUCGAGGACAUCUUCGACUUGGAAGCGCUGGAGAAGAUGCUGGAAUCGGUGAACGGGUACGAGCAGCGUAGACGGAUCAGGUCGCAGAUCCGGCUGGUGAAGAAGGCGGGCGAGAAGGUUACGACAACGACGACCACCACGACGACGAUGCGUACGAACAGCAGGGUUAGGGAUGCCAGCCCGAAGCGGAAGGAGCCGAGUCCGACGCGGGCUGCGUUGCGGAAGGGUUCGCAGGAUACGGAAGUGAGGACCGUGAAGACUGUGGAGGUGGAGGCGAAGAAGUCGGAACCGGUUCAGCGCAGCGUGAGUCCGACCAAGUCGAAGCCGAUGACGAAUGGGAAGACGGUUACGAGCACCACGACUGUAACGGCGAAGACGUCGAGAUUCGGCGAGAAGGUUCCAGCGAAGGAGGUUAAGGAUGAUGGUAAGCCCAUUUGGGCUACCGGGAAUAUUCUGAAGAAGGCAUCGGAAACGACUCGGACGUUCAAGACCAGUUCAACGACAAGCACGGCUACCAAGAAAGCGACUCCAGUGAUGCGAGAGGUUCCGAAGGAAACCAAGCCGACGGAUUGCAUCACAUCGAGCUACGGCGUUGGCCCGACCGACGAGAACGGACUGCCACUGUUUGGUAUUCGAGCGCUGAAGAAGAAGGCGGCUCCCGCUUCGGAUGUUGAGACCAAGAUCACCGGAUCGAUCGUGACGGAAACGCUGUACUCGGAGAACGGAUCGGCACCAGUUGGUGAACGCAAGACUACGGUUUACUCUUCGGAUGCGAAGGACUUGGAGGAGCUGAACAUUUCCGGCAGCAAGCGCAACCUGGCUGAAGUUCGCGAGAAGUUGCUGGAACGCGAAAACUCACGCAAAGGAUUGAUUUCGCUGACGAAAACGGAAAAGAUCGGAAACGGAAGCAGCCACGUAACGACCGAAAUCGGAACCCUGGAAGACGUUCCCCAGCGCGAACCCAAGAUCGUGCGCAAGGGAUCGGUCAAGGAACUGACCGAGCGAUUCGUCCACAAGGAAUCCUCUUCCUCCCUGCUCUCGGAGAAGACCUACCCGAAGGCCGGCCUCAUCCUGCGCUCGUCCACCCAAAGUCACUCGAGCCGAUCGUCAACGCCCUGCGAGAUCAGCUCCAUCCGGUCGGGCUCGAUCGACUUUGACGAGAACGAUGUCGAGCUGCGGUCGGGCGCCAAGUCGAGCAGCACUGCAGUGCGCGAAAGCGUCGUCACGUCCACCAGCUCCUACGCGACGAACCAGGAAGAGGUCGAGGACGGGGGGGUGUUCUUCCGCAAGAGCAGCCGGCAGCAGCAGACGCGAUCGUUCCUGAACGACGGCAGCCGAGUGUCCGGGGUGCAGGACGUGCUGGAGCGGAUGCGCAAUGCGGACAAUGUGGAAGAGUCCGGUGACAGCGCGGAGGAUCGCGAGGCUCGCGCCCUGCUGAACAAGUUCCUCGGCGCGUCCGUGCUGAUGAGCGGCAUGGAGUCGCUGCUGCCGGGUGGCGCCGCCAAGGGAGAGGACACCGAACCGACGUCCGGCACGAAAAAGGUCUCCAAAGUAACAACCACCCGUACCGUCAAGUCGACCGCAUCCAGCAGCAGCAACGCUCCGAAGCCAAGCAUCGAGAACCUUGAGCAGAUUUGGGACGAAGCCUCGCUGAAGCAGUUGCUGGACUCAUCGACCAACUACGAAGAACGCCGCCGAAUCCGCGCCCGUCUCCGACAGAUUAUGGCCGAGAAAGAAGCGUGUGCCGACAUCGUAGCCAGCGUAACGGCCGACUUGCAGCGCGAGCGACAACAACAACAGCAACCGCAGAACGACGCUAACGCUAACGCCAGCAUUCAGGGUGAGUCGCUGCUGCUGCCACUGCUGCAGGGCAUUUUGUUACACAAGAAGAAGCCAGUGGCCCCGGUCGAGGAUUCCGGCACCGAGUCCGGCGAAGACCUGCGGCUUCUGGCGGCCGGUUUGCAUGACAACAUGGAACUGUACCGUGGUAUUGGUGUUGGGGCUGCGGCAGCGGCUAACGCUGCCGGGCCAGGUGGUAGUAGUGUAGCGAGAGGGCAGCAGGACGGGGUCGAUGGUAUUUUGCAUGAUGUUACAGCGGCACUGCUGCGGUUGCAGCUGUCGCUGCGAGAUGGAAAGGACAUGAACUUGGACAGCGGGAAGCGGAACGCGCUGCUAACGCUCGCGUGUCGGCUUCAGCUGGGGCUGAUGCAGCCGGAGCGGCUGCCCGAGCAGGUCUCUCCCGUCGAAGAGAUUGUCGACGGAGUAGAGGACAAGGUUGAUUAUAGCCAGGCUCGUAGGGGAAGCGCUCGCUUCGCGAAAAGACGGAACCGAAAUAAUCGCCACACGGUUGGCGUUAGCCGCGAGGAACUCGCUGACGCGAGACGCUUCAUCGAGGAAAUCGGACGCAUGGAGACCAUGUCUUCGCACUCGCCUUCGGCGACCCCGGAAAAGUCCAAAACUCCGGAAAAAUCCCAACUCCCGUACUCGCUUCAGAAGCAGCAAUCGCUGGGAACAGUCCUCUCCAGCGCUCCAGCUCCAGCUCCCACCGCUUCGACGUUCGCCAUGAAGCGUCCAAGUCAGUUUAUACCAAACGGCCAGGAAGCUAACGCCAAACCAGCCGAUCGCAAAGCGAAGCAGAAGCUGUUCCGUCAGUCGCAAAGCUUCGAUGCACCAACGAACGGGCACGAACCUGCCGCUGCUUCGCAGCACAAGCCGAUCGACGUGAAGCCGAACGAUCCGUUCAAGAAGCCGGUGCAAACGGCGGCGCAGCGCGCCCUGGUCAAGAAGUACUCCUUCAACGAUGGGUCGACCUCGGAGGAGGAGGAACCGCACAAGACGGCCGAGCAGGUGGUUCUGCAGAAGAAUGCACCGAAGGCGGUUGUCAACACGGUUCAUAAGAUGGUGAGUCGAGAGGUGGUGAAGCAGGAACCUCCGGCGAAUCGCCGGCUGGCGAACGCGAGAAGCCGAACUCCAGACGCGCAGGAAGCGCACGUCAACGGUGAGGUCAGCAAACCGCUGAACAAGUACACGAGCAAGAAGCUCCGGAUGAAGCGUGCCAACACGAUCGAUAUUCCGAAGAAGCCGCUGGACAACGGAGUUGACAGCGAGGAUGAUUCGGAGGGCGAGCAGAAGCAGAGCAAGGAGCGACCGCGUGAGGUCAAAGCGAAGACGCCGGUUGCUUCGAUCGUGAAGCCGGUUGUCGAGGUGCCGGACUUUAAGCCGAAGACGGAAAAUGACAAGAAGUUCAUGGCCUUCUUGCAGAAGCAGAAUCAGACGCCGAAGGCGAUGUGGUCGUCGAAUCCGGUGAAGGAGCACGUGGGUGGGAACAACUGGUCCAACAAGUUUGACCAUCUGAAGCACAACUUCGAGAAGGCCGAGCAGUCCAACAGGAUGGUGGCUCCGUCCAAGAGCGCUCCCAAGUGUUCAGCGAUGAACUUUUGGAAGAAGGCAGAGAGCGCUUCGUUUGAUGAAUCUGUGAGACGGGAGUUCGCCAAACCGCCGAAACCGGUUCAGAAACCGACCCAACCCAAGCUUCCACCGAAGAAUGUCGCUUCCGUCCAGCAACCUCCUCAGAUCCCGGACAAAUCCAAACCCGCUCCGCCACCGGUUGUUGUCCCCAAGCCCAAAACUCCAACCGCCUCCCAAUCCAACCCUACCCAGUUCACCCAUGCCCCAACUUCUGCAUUUAAACCAAUCCCGAAGAAACUACCCCCGGUCAACCUGGACUUCAAGCCGGUCCAUCCGGAACCGGAGAUUGUGAAACCAAUCCCGGCCCACGUAUCGUGCGGCAUCGUCAAGCAGAUCGUCGAAGCCGGCUUCAAGGAAACCCCGGACGUCAAGCCGGAACCGAUCCCGGUUCAGCUGGGUCUCGUCAAGUCCCUGGCAGCUGCCGGCUACCACGAAACCCCGUACGUCCCACUACCGAAAAUCGAGCGAACUCCAACGCACCACGUGCUGAACUACCAAGCCAUGCCAGCGGAACCGCUGGACCAACCGGCUCCGGCAGCUCCCUGGAUCGGAAAGAAACCGGCCGACACGAGCGGUGGUAACCGGGUCGCGAGCAUCGCCUCCACCAAGUUCACCGCCAAUCAGUUCGGCAUGAACAAAGGAUCGCUACCGACUCAGCAACCGCUGACCUACCAGGGAUCGCUCAAGUACGCGGAGAAGCCGCUUAGCUUCCAGCUGCCCGAGCGCAUCCAAGCGAAGCGACCUUCGCUCCCAGACGUCGGCGACUUCAAGGCCCAGUCCCGGCCGGACAUCACGUACACCUUCACGGACUACACCCAGCCCGAGUCGGUAUCGACGUUCACGCUGAACCGCAGCGACUCGCUGACCAAUCCGGACAACCAACCGCUCGUGCUGACCAGCACCAACUCGGUGUACAGCCCGCAACAGUACAGCGCUCCUGCUCCUCCUCCUCCCCAGCAGAUCAACUACUUGACGGUCGCGGACGCCAUGAGUUCGGACUCGCCGAGCAACGUCGAAGACGACGACCUGGAGUCGAUCGACUCGCAGGAGAUGCGCGUCGUGACGCGCGUCAUGAAGGCACCGGUUAGCCAGCAGGCCAGCUACUCCAGCAACAAGCCGUCCCACCUUGGUGGUGGCGGUGGUUCCGCGGAGCGCGGAUCUGCGAUCGCGCAGAACCUGCACAGCUCGCUCAAGCUGAUCAAGCAGAAGAGUCCGACGCCGCCGAAGCGGAUGAUGCCGAACCAGAAGCGCUUCUCGCAGGACUACGGCGAGGUGUACCAACCUCAGUUCAACGUUCCGCGGGUGGAGAUCGUGCCGAAUACGCCGCAAGCGGCGAAGCCGCAACCUCCGCAGUUCGCCAUCUACAACAACGUGCAGCGGUUCCCGGCUUACGAGCCUCCACGGCCAGCUCCGCUGGCACGCACCGACUCCUGGGUACGACUGAACCAGCAGCCUGCGGCUGCUCCUAUCAGCUUGGCUCGCGCCAAGUCAAGCCAUACGCUGGCGCUUCCAGCGCCGUACAACGGCGGCUACGAACCUCAAUACCAGGCUGUCAACGACAAACAGCGCACGAUGGAGGCGUACUUCGCCGGUCAGAAGCCCACGUUCAACGCGCUGGCCAAGACCGCCUCGACGCACAACAUUCUGCGCGACAAGUCGGGUAUGACCCAGAACGCUGUCCGACCCGUGUCGUACGCCAUGGGCAACAGCUACAACCCGGCGCAGUUCAACAUCAUGAACUCGCAACAGCAGGACUACCGGCAGCAACAGCCGAUGUACCAGCAGCGCGUUCAGCAACCGGUUCAGCAGACCCAGCAGCAGCAGUACUACCAACCUCCGCUCGGAGGUGGCCUGUCCCGGAGCCGAACCAUGCCCCAUAUCCCCAUGAACAACCUCAGUCUUCUGGACGAAGACAACGUCGAGGACGCAUUUGAACAGCUGAUGAACCAGUCGUUCGCCGUGUAGUCGUAUCUGCACGACUCAAGGUCGUCGAGCGCCCACACUGGGAAAAUACAUUCCAUUAGAUGUCCGGUAACGAACGAUGUUUGGAAGGCUACCCCCGUACUCUGCAAGAGUUGAACCUUCAACGAAUGACUGUGAACGUGCUAGUCGUAACGUUAGUUUGUAGAUAUUAGCGAACCCCCUAGGCUGUGGAUAAACCAAUUGGGAUCGGCCUGCUGGAAGGAACUUCCGAAGAAGACGCGCGCCAACAC